AUCUUUGUUUCGACGUUCUGUCGGGCUUCAAUUAAGUUGUCCAAGGUUUAGAGAAGUUGGAGUUGGAAAUUUUGUUGGAAGCGCUCUCUGCGUUGUUAAUAUCUUAUCGGGAGUGUGCAGAUUGAGCAUCCGUCGACGGGCUGAAUUUGAAGUUUGUAGAAGAGGUUGGAUAGCAGGAAGAUGAGUCGGUUGUGUUUCAUCGUGGUGGGUAGCAUUCAAGACUUCCAUACACCCCAAUAUGCCCCACUCCAGGGGGUCGCCGUGACGGGUGUGAUUCAUGACGCAGUAGCGGAGUACACGCUGGUGCAAACUUACAAAAAUCCGGUUCAGGAUGCUGCCGUUGAAGCGGCCUACACUUUCCCUCUGUACGAGGGCGCGGCAGUGGUGAAGUUUGAGGCAGAGGUCGAUGGCCGGAAGAUCAUUGGCAAGGUGCGGGAGAAGAGUGCAGCGAAGAAAGAAUAUCAGGAGGCCGUAAGUGCCGGAAAGACGGCCUCCUUGUUGGACCAGGAGAAGCCUGACGUCUUUCAAACUUCCAUUGGCAACAUUCCGCCGGGGAAGACGAUCUCCAUUCGCAUUACUCUUGUGUCCGAAAUCAAACAGGAUGCGGGAGAGAAUCAAGUGCGGUUUGUUUUACCGACCACCGUCGCGCCUCGGUAUGGCGCAAUUGGGUUUUUCGGUAACCCGAUCACACCUCCUCCCGAUUCUUCUGCCAAGCUUUCUAUCAAUAUGUCUUGUGCCAUGUCGAAGCCUAUCACCUCGGUUCAGUCACCAUCCCACACUAUUGAAGUCCACCUCGGCACAACAGACACUGUAGAUCCUGCUCAUAUCUCCACCUUCAAUCCGAACCAAGCCAGAGUGACCCUCACUGUAGAUUCUCUUCUCGAUUGUGACCUCGUCAUUGUAAUCAAUUCCUUGGGGCUAGAUCAACCGCGCGCUCUCGUAGAGCGCCACCCCUCACAUGGAACUCACGCAAUUGCCCUAACUUUCCAGCCCCGAUUUGCGCUGCAACCCCUUCGCACUUCUGAAAUGAUCUUCCUCGUCGACCGGUCGGGGUCAAUGAUGGGCACACAGAUCAAACAGGCUGGCGAAGCGCUAGAGCUGUUUCUCCGAUCCAUUCCAUUUGAAAAUCACUACUUCAAUAUCGUAGGGUUUGGUUCCAAUCAUAAUUUUUUGUUCCCAACGUCUGUUGAGUACACUGAAGACUCCUUGAAAAAGGCAGUUCAUUACGCACAGACAAUUCAGGCGAACAUGGGCGGCACCGAGAUCGCCAACGCAUUCUUCGAGGUUUUCCAGCGCCGCCGUCGCAACGUCCCCACGCAGAUCUUCCUGCUCACCGACGGAAUGGUGUGGGAUGCCGAACAGCUUACAAAAUCUAUCAUCGAAGCCGUUGACGAUGGUGCUAGGAACAAUUCACCUGUCAGAGUGUUCACUCUUGGCGUUGGAAACGCCGUCUCACACCAUCUGAUCGAAUCUGUAGCGAGAGCAGGCGGUGGAUAUGCCCAGUUGGUCUUGGAAAACGAGCGCAUGGAGAAAAAAGUUCUUAAUAUGCUGAAAGCAGGACUAACACCGUCUGUCACCAAUGCCAGCGUGCAAUGGUCAGACUGUACUGCAGACGAUUUUGUACUGGUUGAUGGCGUCGAUAGUGUAGAUCAAGAUGAGCAGAACGACAUCAAACCACACAUCAACCUAUACUCGGAAUCGCCGCUUGUGGUUUCGCCUUCAAGUUCGGGUAGCAAUCCACCCCCCGAAAUCUCCCUUGCAAUCCAGCAAGCGCCGUUCAAGAUCCCUAUCCUGUGCCGCGGCGCCAGAUUCACAAUCUACGCCAUUCUCUCACCGACAUCUCCCCUUCCGAAAGAGCUUGUGCUGAGCGGUGAUUCCCCGGACGGACUAGUGGAGCUGCGGGUUAAAUUAGACUCCGUUGUUGAGGGCGAGACGAUGCUACAUUCCCUCGCAGCGCGAACCCUGGUGCGCGACUUGGAAGAAGGCUCCUCCCAUAUCCACGCACUAGGGAAGCCUCUCACAGCUCGCGACGAGCAGAUGCUCAAGUCCCUUGGAGUUCACGUAGCGCCAGCAAAAGGCCAGAAACCCCCCAUUCUGCCCUUGAGCUUCAGUCAUGUCGCACAAAUCACGAAGCAGAAGAUUGUCGACAUUGGAGUGACGUACAGUCUCUCUACGCAGCAUACCAGCUGGGUGGCUAUUGACGAAGAGGGCACCCUCAGCUCACACGAAGUUCCAACAGUUGCGGAUCAAUCUCCACAGUUGCAACCCUCACAAACACUAGGGUUAGUCGGUCGGGGUAAAAUGCGCUGUGCACCUCCCAAGUCUUUGUUUGGAAGAUUUGCAAGCUAUCAAAGUCUUGCAGCGUCCCCGUCAGUAUUCGGGAACGCUCAGCCAGCCUUAGGAAGCGCACCGCCAGGCUUCGGACUUUCACAGUCGACCUUCGGAAGCGCACAGGCCUUUCAAUCUUCACUUUUUGGAGCACAAAACGCUACACCUGAAGCAGGAGGGCCAUCUUUAUUCGGAGGAGCAAGCAAUCAAAGUCCAGUUUCAGCCUUCGGAAGCGCACAGCCAGCCUUCGGAAGCUCACCGGCAGGCUUCGGACUUUCACAGUCGACCUUCGGAAGCGCACAGCCCUUUCAAACUUCAGUUUUUGGAGCACAAAGCGCUACACCUGAAGCAGGAGGGCCAUCUUUAUUCGGAGGAGCAAGCAAUCAAAGUCCAGUUUCAGCCUUCGGAAGCGCACAGCCAGCCUUCGGAAGCUCACCGGCAGGCUUCGGACUUUCACAGUCGACCUUCGGAAGCGCACAGCUCUUUCAAACUUCAGUUUUUGGAGCACAAAGCGCUAAACCUGAAGCAGAAGGGUCUUCUUUAUUCGGAGGAGCAAGCAAUCAAAGUCAAGUUUCAGCCUUCGGAAGCGCACAGCCAGCCUUCGGGAGCGCACAGCCAGCCUUCGGGAGCGCACAGCCCUUUUCUGGUUUCCAGCAGAUGCAGCAACAACAAUCCUCACGAAACCUGGAUGAUGGUGAAGCAAGUGAUCUAGCUGAUGACCCACAUGCGAGGCUGCGAGCUCUCCUGCAACACCAAUCUUUCGAUGGUUUGUUCCCCCUGGCUCCUUCCAUUGCCGCACUCUUCAACACGGUUGUGGACAAAUUGAAGGAAAUGCUUGGGGAAAUUCGGCAGCAUUGCACUGGAUCGGUGCAGCUCACGGAGAAGCAGUGGGAAUCUAUCUGGGCAACAUGCUUGGCAGUGGAAUUCAUGAAAUCCAAGUUGACAGAGCUUGAAGACGAGUGGGAGCUUGUUGUAGACAAGGCUGAACAGCGAGUGAAGUCCUUGCUUCAGAACAGCGAAGAUCAUGCUCUAUUCCAGGCCUCUGCCAAAACUUUGUAGAGUUCAAACCCCGUAAAAUUUUGAGAAAAACAUACACACGAAUAAUUCUGGAGGGUCAAGUCACAUCAGUUCGGAGCACUUGUAACUUAGCAGUAAAAAAACAAAAACAGAGAGAAGAAACAGUGUAAUAUAAAUGUUGAACUUAGAAAUCAGGAUCCAGUUUCAGUGCUGCGGUAUACAACAGUUUCCAACGAUUGGCGACACUUCCUCCAGAUCUAGAUACAUUAGAAUGUGAAUAUACACAGAUGUUUUUUUUUUGUCAUGCGGUGUCUUCUCUUCAUACAGUUUCAUUACUUGGAUUGACUUUGGUUUUGCCUCAGCGAUAGUUGUGGUGGCAUACCAUGUUUGGCAUUUGUGCAA